UCUGAACUUCACUGAAUAAAAGAUCUCUUUCAGAAUCCAUGGUAGGAGGAGCAAAUGAGAACUCUUGUUUAGUGGAUCAGUCUUAUUCAGAAGCGUUCUCAUCACGCAGGAAUCGCUUCUGGUAGCACAGGUAACCGAGUAUAGAUAGCUGAGAAGUUUGAUCGCUUCCUUAUUGAGUCAUACAUAGAAGACAACAAGAUGGUCGUCAAGUGGUGUACAAGCACUCCUCAUUGUGUGAAUGCAAUACGAGCUGAUUUCAUAGAUCAAAACUGAAAUGAAGCUCAACUCAAAUCCUGUGUUUUGUCCAAAUGAUCUCAUAGCAGAAAAAGUUUGCCUCUAUAUCUGACUAAUUAUUUUAUGUUCUUAUAGUUGUUAUACAACUCUACUUGUGGCUUAUUUUUCCUUGUACUAGACUUCUAAUACAUAGAUCUCUGGUAUUUGCCUCUUGAUGCCUUUGAGAUGUAAACUUGCAAGUGAAGAGAGUAAUUUAUUAGUGGUUAAUUUGAUAGCAACAGAACCAGUAUGAAAAGUCUGGCUCAAAUGUUAUGUGGUCAUAGAACUUUUGGAUAUACAUGGGAUUAAAAGAGGUCUAAUAUAGAUUCUAGUUUCCAGUCUUUGAUAUUACUACAUACAUUAAAAAUAGUUUCAUAAAAGUUUUGAUCACCAAGUGCACUUUCAACUUUGGAAAAUUAUUACUCAAAGAAAAAAAUUGUUUUAAGUUAAGGUUGAAGACAUUAUUAAGAUGUUAAAUAUGAGAUACAAAUAUGUAUGAAGAACAAGAGAGAUAUUUGCGAAGUCAAAAGCCAAUCGAAUAAAAGAUAAGCAUAAAUAGUUAACAACUAACAAAUAGUGGAAACAUGCCUAAAAUCAUUUGCCUAAUAUUCAAGUGGUUUAUAAAAGUCUUUUGAUAUAAAUAUAUAUGUUUGAUCAUAGUUUUAAUAUUUUUUAUGGAUAUAUCAAGUGUUAUGGCCUUGUGGGACAAGGACAACAAAUGCUUUGACAAUAUGGUACAUUCGUUUAAUUAUCUUUUGACAAAACAAAAGAUAUUUUUAGGCAGUAAAGCUAUGUGAAAUGAGCUAUGGAGGAGAAUCAGGAGAUUUAACUAUCUUUAGGCUUGCGUGCCUAAUAUUCCAAUGUAUCUACAACCUCAAAUACAUUUAACAAAGAAUGUUCACGUUCAAUGUAAUACAGUACAUGCAUUUAGAUACUUCCGAAAAAAAUCAUAGAAGCUUCCACUAGUUUCAACCACGUGGGAAGCACCCCUCCACAUAUCACAUAAUGAUCACUAGUCUUUUGAUAUUUUGUUUUUGUAUAUAAGUGUGCAUUAAUAAGAUCAUUUAAACAAUCCCUCAAGAUGCUCUAGACCCUUCAAUUUCCCGUCAAAAUCUCUAUCCAUAUUUUGCCAACCAAAAUCUACAAACACACAUUAUCCCUCAACUUUCUUAUUCAUAGCAACCAAAACCCGAAAAAAAAACUCCCUAAACAAAAAAAAGUUGGAAGAGAAUUUUAUCAUUAUUCUAUAACCUUUUUUUUUUUGAAGAAGUAUAACCUUCUUUCUUUUUAAAAUCAAAACAUUAAUUUUACUUUUGCGACAAAGAUUUGAAGGAAGAUAUGAGGAACGAAACGGGUGGUACCAUGGUCGUUGAUCUCCAAACCGAUCCAUAUACCAUUAAUCACCAUCCCUACGAUCAUUGCGACAAUGGUCACAAACCGAGGCCAUUAUUGAAAGCUGACCACGACGGAAUAUGCCCUCCUGAAGAUCCCAUCAUUAGUGACACCAACCUAACUCACCAGCGGUUUAGCAGUGUCUCAUCAUCGAUUAUGAGCAUCGGUCCGAACAGCGGAGAAGGUUCUCCAUGCGUAAUGUCUCCUUGGGCUCGUGUGUCGCCACCGUGGCCUGCGGGUUUUAAUGAAGAAAAUUCUUUAGAGACCAUUGGUCUCAUUGGCUCUAUUGUACGUGAAGAAGGGUAUAUAUACUCGCUAGCGGCUUCUGGUGACCUUCUCUACACGGGCUCGGACUCUAAGAACGUUAGGGUUUGGAAGAAUUUGAAGGACUACGCGGGGUUUAAAUCAAGAAGUGGGCUCAUUAAGGCUAUUGUGAUAUGUGGAGACCGGGUCUUUACAGGCCACCAAGAUGGUAAGAUCCGGAUUUGGAAGGUUUCUACAAGAAAACCGGGUAAACACAAACGGGUUGGAACGUUGCCCACGUUUAAAUCGAUGGUCAAGACCUCCGUGAACCCUAAGAAUAUCAUGGAGGCACGCCGCAAUAAAAACUCCAAGAAAAAGAAGCAUAAGGACGCCGUGUCGAGUCUUAGCAUGGACGUGGAGGUUGGUUUGUUGUACUCGAGCUCUUGGGAUAGGACGAUCAAAGUGUGGAGAAUCUCGGACUCAAAAUGUUUGGAAUCUAUACAGGCGCAUGAUGACGCGAUAAACUCGGUGAUGUUCGGUUUCGAUGACUUGGUGUUCACGGGAUCUGCGGAUGGUACGGUUAAAGUGUGGAAACGUGAGAUGCAAGUCAAAGGAACUAAGCAUGAGUUGGAACAAGUUUUGCUCAAGCAAGAAAACGCGGUAACCGCAUUGGCUGUGAUACCAAAGUCUUCGAUGAUAUAUUCCGGUUCAUCGGACGGUUUAGUGAAUUAUUGGGAGCGUUCUAAAGGUAUAUUCAUCGGUGGAAUACUCAAAGGGCACAAGUCCGCCGUGCUAUGUCUAACAGUAGCGGGGAACUUGUUAUUGAGUGGGGCUGCUGACAAGAACAUAUGUGUCUGGACGCGGGACCCGUCUGAUGGGUCUCAUCAAUGUGUGUCUGUUUUGACGGGACACAUGGGACCGGUUAAGUGUCUAGCCGUGGAGGAGGAACAAGCUUACCGUACAGGAGUUAAAGCAUCUACGGUUAGUGAGGGAGACAGGAAGUGGAUUAUAUAUAGUGGAAGUUUGGACAAGUCGGUGAAAGUUUGGCGUGUGUCGGAUAGGAUGGGGACGUGGAGGGAAGUGGACGAGCCAUCAGCAUCUUCAGGGCGGAAGAGCUCUUUGUCACCACAUGGAGGGAGUGGCGCGUGGAGUUCAUGUGAUUUGGGAAAAUAAAAAGGAAUAAUGUAUCGGAGCAUAGUGUGAUUACUUACGAAGAUGUGUAUCAGUCACGAUGACCGUCGUCACGACCGGGAAAGAGUGGAAGGACUGUGUUUGAAUUUCGUGGCCUUAAGUCAGCUAGUGAGGGAGUCAAAGUCAGGUUGAUGGUUUUCACGUAAUGAAUUUUACUUCUUCAUUUUUUUUUUGCUCCAAAAGAAAAUAUUUGUUUAAAAACGAAAUUAUACUAUUUACCUUUUCCCUAAAUUUGUAAAGUAUAAAACAAAGACUAAAUCAAACAUGUGUGUUGUCUUUGUGUUCUAUAUCGUGGUUGCAACUUUAUACUUUGGAAUUUUGGUGAUACGUGGUUUUUACUUUCGUUAGGGUUUAGCUUUCUAAAUUUCAUUCAGGAAUAUUGGUUCUUGAGAAAUUAUAUGCUUUUGUUAUGGCAACCAGAUCGAAAUGAUUGAACCAAAAUACUUGUUUGUCAAUAAUCAAAUUGUAGUCAGUUUGAAUUUGUUGUGUAAAAUAGGGUUUGCAGACACUAGACAUAUGAACAUCGCUCGUCGUGCAAAGUGGGUUGUUGUGAAGAUAAUGCCUCGCCAACAUGGUAAAAUUUAAAUGUCAUUUUUUUCUAACUAAUCUAAAUAAUUAACAUGUAAGCAGCUAUUACCACCAAAUAUCCACCUAAAGUCGUUGGAAAUUAGUAACCAGUGAAUUUGAAAUUACCAUUUAGACAUAAUUAUUUUGAUAUACGAAACACAUUACUAAUCACAUAGCAUGGUUCAAAAAUCAAACGACAACAAUAAUUGGAAAACAAACAUAAUUCAUAAUUAUGAACUAAUCAUUUCGUAAAUCGUAAUCAAUCAGUAAACCGAAACACAAUUCCACAGCCGAAUCAUUCAUUAUGUAAUUAUAAGCAUCCGGUUUUCUAAGAACCGCGUAAUUCCGGUUAUUAGAACAUGAUGGAUGGUUAUUAGAAAUGAAUAUGGUUUACGAAACUACCCUCUCUUUGACCCUUUCGCAACGCAUCGUUGUCAACUCCCAACCCGCGUUGACGGCAAUAAUUUUCCCGGAAAAUAAAUAUUCAAUUUCUUUAGGUGCAGAGAAAAAUCAAAACACAAAGAGAGAAGGACAAUUGUCAAUAAUAGCACCUUUUGAAGUCUAUGUCUCAAAAAGGGCAUUAGAAGGAGAAAGUCACAAAAAUGACAUUCAUUAAAGAGUAAAAUAUUCUUACUACCCUUGGUUUAAAAUUAAAUAAACAAACAAAAAUAAAUAAAAAA